AUGUCUAACGUCUGGUGUGACCUAUGCACUCCGAGGGACGUGCACGCCGCAAAGGAUAAAAGCAAAAUGCAUUAUAACAUGAAUGUCAAGUGUUAUUGUCAAGUAAGGUGUUUUGUGUGCUUCUCUAUGUUUAUCUGUGCUGUAACAUCCCAUAGUAUGAAUGAUUCAAAGAAAUUGCUUCAUGAUGAUAAAAUGCUUACAUACGAGAAGACUUUUAGACCACUAGAGGUAUUUAUUGGUUUUGAACUUGUUUUAAUUCAAGAAUUCAACGAGGUAAAGGAAAAACUUUCAGUAGCUACAUUUAUAAGAGCUCAUUGGAUAGACGAAUAUAUGGCAUGGGAUCCGGCAGAUUAUGGAGGUCUUGAUCAAUUAGUCAUCGAAAGCGACAAUGUUUGGACACCGAAUUUAGCUUUAGUAAAUACUGUUGAAAAACUGGAGAAGAUAGGUGAUGCUUGGCAACUUAUUCGCUUUACACCGAACGAAUUUGCUCAUUAUUUUCCUGGAGACGUUUUAUCUGCGACAUGUCAAGUUGAUGUUACUUACUAUCCCUGGGACAGACAUAAAUGUAGUUUUUCUUUUGCCCCAUAG